AAAGGAGCGACACUUUUGGCGCAAAACACUAUUCACUGCUAGAAGUUGUCUGCAAUCGAGUCAGUCGUCCGACAAAACUCAUCACUCGUUUCCACACAUUUUAAUCGCUAUUUAAGACUCAUUUGAAGCAAAAGAGAUGUCCGGCAGAGGAAAGGGCGGUAAAGUGAAGGCCAAGUCCAAGUCGCGCUCGUCCAGAGCCGGCCUCCAGUUCCCCGUCGGACGUAUACACCGACUGCUGAGGAAAGGCAACUUUGCGGAGCGCGUGGGCGGCGGCGCACCCGUGUAUUUGGCGGCGGUGUUGGAGUACUUGGCGGCUGAGGUGCUGGAGUUGGCGGGCAAUGCCGCGCGAGACAACAAGAAGUCGCGUAUAGUUCCCCGACAUCUGCAGCUCGCCGUCAGGAAUGACGAGGAGCUCAACAAACUGUUGUCAGGGGUGACCAUCAGUCAGGGCGGCGUACUUCCCAACAUUCACUCCGUGCUGUUGCCCAAGAAGUCUGAGAGUGGCGGCGCCGGCAAGUCCAAGUCCAGUCAGGAGGUGUAGGCGCUGGUGCUGAUGACCACCCGUUUGGUGCUAUUUGUCACACGUUUUGCUCACAUUUAUAACUACUUUACUAUUACUGUAUUAUUAUUGAUACGAUUUGUCCACUCAUUUAGUCUUUAGUAUUACUAUUGUUUUUUCAGUCAUUUUAACCAUUGAUUUGAUUUUGUAUUUGUAUUAUCAUUUGAAUUAAUUUCUCUUUUAUGCACCGAUUUAUUGUACGGUUUAUAGUGUCUGUAAUGACCCCUCCUUUCUAUCUAUGAAUUAUUAUUAAAUGUAUUUUAAUCACUA